AUGGAGAAGCGGUUUCGCCACAGGCUGAUUGUUAUACUGAUAUAUGGCGACCUCAUGCGCGGGACCUGGCUGUUUGUCUUCGCCAUCAUUUCAUUAGCUCGGGGUACAGUCAGGACACCAAGUACCUUCUGUCAAGUGAGCGGGUUUCUGGUACAGUAUGGGACGCAGACAAGUGAUUACGCUGUCCUGGUGAUGGCCUUACACAGCGCCUUACAAGUGUUUUACCCGUCAACCCUGGUCAGCUCGGAUGGGCUCUACCCAUACCGUCGAUACGUCUACGUUGGUGCCUUUGCUAUACCCAUCCUGAUGGCCGGACUAGCCUUUAUCAACCCAGUAAAUGCAUACGUGUCCCAAGGCGCAUUCUGCACACUUCCCAUCCGGCCCUUCUGGUACCGACUGGCGCUCUCAUGGAUUCCACGCUACAUCAUCAUUCUGAUAAUCAUUGGUCUUGCGAUAGCAAUCUAUGCCCAUGUGGGCUUCGAGAUCCGCGCAUACUCAAACGUCGACCAGAGCCUCCUGAGCCUCAAAACAUCUGACGAUUCAACUACGCGGCAAAACGAUAAGCAGAACGACAUAAAGAUGGAGGAUAUUACAUUUGAGCUGUCCACUAUGCAACCUCUACCAAAUCCGCAGAACAACCGCCCAUCAGCAGGACAUGAGAUCUUCACCCCUCAACACCAAGCAUCAUCUGCACCUGGAACCAACCCAUUUACCACGCCUGGGAUGCACCGCGUAUCUUUCGACAACGACAACGUAGCGCGCUCUCUACCAGGAAGCACGCUUAACUUGAACCGUUCCCGCACAGAUGCAAUUCGUCCCGCACUCUUCGCCACGAUCUCAGACUGUAGCGUCACAGCGCCUGUCUCCCCACUCAACAGAGACUCUCGGUCCACUGGAAGACCUGACAACGCUGAACCCACCGCACCACCCUUGUCCUCCUCAACGUCGACACGCCUCUCAUCGCCUUCCUCCGCGCAAGACUACCCCGCAAAGCAGCGUCAACGCAUCCACCGCCAGCUCCGACUGAUGUUCAUCUAUCCAAUCGUCUACACCCUCAUGUGGGCCACACCGUUUGUAAUGCACUGCAUGAACUACUGGGACAAGUGGGCCAUGGACCCCGUCGAGUUUCUGCGUGUCGGUGGCGCCAUUUGCAUAACCCUCAUGGGCUUCGCCGAUGCGCUCAUCUUCUCUAUACGAGAGAAGCCAUGGCGCGGCGUCGAAGGCUCCGACGGGACUUUCUGGAGCAGUUUCGUGUGCUGGAAAUCGCAAGGGACUGGCGACGCGGGAGGCGACUGGGAUCCGGGACAGGAGGGUCAGAGUGCAGGUGUCAGAGGUGGUGCCGGAGCCGGCAGGACGAGGGGCAGCACAAGUUACCGCACUUCUGCCAGUGGGGAUUUCGCAAGGAUCGCGGCGGAACAGGCCCGCGCUCGACUGGAUAUAGAAAGGGGAGAGAGACUAGCGGCGUUGGAGUUCAAGCAGCGGGCUGGAAUGAAGGAGGAGAGGCACGGGCAUAAGGCGAACAAGGACAAGGCAGGUUAUGACGGAGUGGAUGUUGGAGAUGGUAAGAAGGGGCAGGUGUAUGAUGAUAACGGGUUGGAGGACGACACUGCGUAG